AUGGAUUCUCCUCAACAAUAUCAAUACCCUGACUCUGGAUGCAAUCCAUCCUCAGCAACUCGCAAGGGAAUCGGCCAGUGGCAAGACCUUGAAGCUAUCCUUUAUGAAUGGCAUCAUAUACUUGAUUGGAAGGGGUCAUAUAUUACUGGUGAUAUCCUUGUUGAGAAAGCACGUCAAAUCUGGAGUUGUCUGCCUCAGUAUCGUGAUCAGCCCCCACCUGCAUUCAGUAGUGGCUGGCUACAUCAAUUCAAACAACGCUAUAAUAUCAAGCAGCGGACAUACCACGGAGAAGCUGGCUCAGUACUAGAAGAGGCUGAGGAAAAGAUGAAGGCAAUGCGUACGUUUGCUGGCCAGUAUAAUGAGGAUGAUAUUUACAAUAUGGAUGAAACUGGGCUUUUCUGGCGUAUGCCUCCUUCAUGGAGUCUAUCGUCUGUUAAUACGCCAGGAAUCAGGAAAGAUAAGAGUCGGAUAUCUAUAAUAUGUUGUGUCAAUGCCUCUGGAACUGAUCGACUACCAAUCUGGGUAAUUGGAAAGGAACGUACGCCACGAGCUCUUCGCAAUAUCAAUAUCUCAGCAAUUGGGAUUCGAUGGCAAUGGAACAAAAAUGCCUGGAUGGACCAGAUUAUCAUGCGAGAAUGGCUCCUUGAAUUCUAUCAAUAUAUUGGCCAGCGAUCUAUCCUUCUUACAAUGGACAACCUCCCUGCACAUCUUUCUGGCCUGGAGCUGGCACCACCGCCUCCCAAUGUACGCAUCUGCUGGCUCCCAAAGAAUUCAACAAGCCGGUUCCAGCCUCUUGAUCAGGGAAUCAUCCAGAAUCUGAAGAUAUAUUAUCGGAGACAGUGGCUACGAUAUAUGCUUUCUCACUAUGAAAGGAACCUGGACCCGCUGCAAUCUGUAACAAUUCUAGAUUGCAUACGAUGGCUUGUACGGGCCUGGCAUCAUGAUGUCCAAAGCUCAACUAUCCUAGCCUGCUUUUAUAAGAGCAUACUGGUCCAGGAUCCUAUCCAGCUUCCAAUUGAAGCGCCUGAUCUAAGGCCACUUUAUAUGCAGGUACAGCAAUCUGGUAGGAUAUCAGAUUGUAUGGAUAUCUCCUUCUUCCUCAACCCUGCAGAAGAGUCUCUAGAGAUUAGUAACUCUAGUAAUGAGAUAUCCUCAGAUAUAUUACUUGAGCAACUAAUUGCUGAGGCUUCUGGAAAUGCAGAUAUAUAUCCUAAUGAUCUGGAUGAUGUUUCGGGCGAGCCGGCCCGUCUUCCAAAGCCUCAGGAUGCUCUUGAUGCUGUACGACUUCUAAUCUCUUAUAUGGAGGGUCAGGAUACGGCCAAAACACCCAUUCUUAGAUCCCUUGAGCGGUUAGAACGAAAUAUAGAGGGUGAAAUCAUCACAGCAAGAGCUCAGGCACCUUAG